AUGUCCACUUCAUUCUCGUCUCUUCCUAUUGUUUCUCUUGCUGGUUUGUCUUUCCCCCCCCCAAAACCGGAAGAUCUGGAAACACUAGCUUCUCGUUUGAAUGAGGUAUUCUCAACCACUGGGUUCGCAUAUCUUACGGAUCUACCAAUCACAUAUUGCCACGACGAUGUUUUUGCAAUUUGUGAUGAGUUUUUUGGCCCUAAAGGCUUGACAAUGGAUGAGAAAAUGAAGCUUGCAAAGAAGACCUUCGUCCCAACAAACAAAAACUCAUACAGAGGGUACUUUCCACCACAAGAAGGAGAUGACAAUCUCAAAGAAGGGUUCGAGCUCGGCAAUCCCUCAACCAGACCGAGUACAUCGGGCCUUUUGAGCCCAAAAUUCGAUCUUACCGAGUCUAAUGUUUUCCCUGCUUCCAAACGGGAAAUCCAAGCUCGGUGCGAGACCUUGCACAAGGAGCUCCAGACCCUUUCGUCAAAGCUUCUCUCUCUUCUAGCCGUUGCUCUUGGCAAACCUUCAUCAUUCUUUAAUCACUAUCUGAAAGACUCUUUGAGCACCCUCAGACUCCUUCACUACCCUCCAGUCCCAGCUUCUCGUCAACAAGAACUAAUCUGUACUCCGCAUACGGAUUCCGGUAUCCUUACGCUCCUGCAUCAGGACAAGACUUGCGGGCUAGAGGUUAGAAACAGUGAAGGAGAGUGGAUCCCUGCACCCUACGUGCCGGGAAGUAUUGUCGUCAAUAUCGGAGACUUGAUGGCGAAAGUGAGCGGCGGAAAGUGGGUUGCCACGUACCAUCGAGUCCGAUCUUCUAAGAAGGAAGGCAGCAAUCCGAAAGGACGCUACUCCGUCCCGUUCUUCUUUGAGCCAGGCUUGAACUGUGUUGUGCAGAGUGUUGAUGGAGACGAGGUGGUGUAUGGCGAGCAUCUGCUGCAGAAGAUGAGUGGGUGGGUGGAGUUUCAGGAUGUUGUUGAGACUCAUGAUAGUAUUGUUUCAGGCAGAGCUGUCGUUGAAGCCUUUUGA